GUAAAGUGUGCCGUAAAGCAGUUGCUGUGUGUAUGUGAGAGACACGUGGUUGUGAGUACACGUGCGCGCGUGUGUGUGUGUACUCGCCUGUGUGUGUGUGUGAUCACCUGUGUGUGUGUGUGUGGGGGCGCGCGUGUGUUCUUUGUACACGCGUGUCGCGCGUGCGUCUUCUCACGUGCUCAAGAACUCUGCUCAGUGGCGAGGAAAAUCCGCUGAGACCCAGAGCCUAGACUGGGCCGCCUUGUUCAACCGUGGUGCACGUGUGCGUGUGUGCGUGGCUUUGUGGGCGCGCACAUGGCCGCAGAAUCCUCAUCCGUCCAUCGCCUGUGGGCGCAGUGCGGCAGGGACGACCACGCAUGCGUGUGGACGCGCCGUUGCCCGUCAUGGAGUUCCAGGCGGUGGUGAUGGCCGCGGGUCAAGGCUCACGCAUGACGGACCUCACCACCAGCGUUCCCAAGCCGCUGCUGCCCAUUGGCAACAAGCCGAUGAUCUGGUAUCCACUCAACUUGCUCGAGAGGACUGGCUUCGAAGAGGUGAUCGUGGUGACGACGAAGGACGUGAAAGCGCAGCUGCUGGGGCAGGCGUCGCUGAACACGCGCCUCCGCCUCGACAUUGUGUGCAUCCCUGAGGAGGCCGACAUGGGCACAGCCGACUCCCUGCGUUUCAUCCAUAGCCGCAUCAAGAGGGACGUCAUCGUCUUGAGCUGCGACCUAAUCACGGACGUCUCCCUGCACCAACUCUUCGAUCUCUUCCGCCUGCGCGACGCCGCCGUGGUGAUGAUGGCGCGCCGCGCUCAAGACUCGGGCGAGCCCGUGCCGGGACAGAAGGGCAAACGCAAGCCCGAGCAGCGGGACUUGAUUGCCGUGGAUGAGUCGGGCGAGCGGCUGCUGCUCGUCUCCCACGAGGCCGACCUGGAGGAGGAGCUGCUCAUCCCCAGAGCGGUCGCGCGCCGCUUUGCGCGAAUCCACAUCAAGUGGGAGCUGGAGGACGUCCACGCGUACUGCUUGCGCAAGUGGGUGCUCGACUUCUUGGAGGACAACAAGCCAGUUCCCCCAUCGACUCGCUCCUCGAUAUCGACAAUCAAGGAAGAGCUGGUGCCGUACCUGGUGCGCAAGCAGUUCUCCCGCGCGCCGCGGCGCUCCGCCGGCCUGGAGGACGACGACGGCGCCGACCGGCCCGUGUGCGGCCAGAAAGAUGUGCACGACUACGUGGGUGAGGACCCGAUGCAGGCGCUGGCGCGGGACAAGUCGUCGUUCCGCGACACCAGCGACCGCCUGCGCUGCUACCUGCUGGAGGCGCCGGCCGGCUCCUUGUGCAUGCGCGCCAACUCCCUCGCCUCCUACAUCGAGGCCAACAAGCAGGUCCCCAAAGUUCUACCAUCACUCAUCCUGGGCGCAGACGAGCCCAUGAUCAGUCCGUGCGCCGCUCUCGGAGAUAAAUCUCAGGUCGGCUCCGAAAGUAUGAUCGGGCACGAGACGACGCUGGCCGAGCGGACGUCGGUGAAGCGCAGCGUGGUGGGCGAGGUGUGCACCAUCGGCGAGCGCUGCAAGAUCGCCAACUCCAUCCUGAUGCACCGCGUCACCGUCCAGGAGGGGUGCACCCUGACGGGCUGCGUGGUGUGCGAGGGCGCCGUCAUCGAGAAGGGGGCCGAGCUCAAAGACUGCCUCGUGGGAAGCCAGGUCCUGGUGGAAGCGCGCGCCAAGCGGACGAACGAGGUGAUCGUGAACAGCGAGCAGAUGAUGGAGAUCUGAGGGAGGUUCGUGUCGCCGGGUCGCUCUCCCGCGUGGGGCCAUCCCUCUGGCGGUUAACAUCGGCCACCGUUCCGCUCUCAUUAUCGCAUGCGCCGACCGCACCGUUGCCUGGAUCCACGAUGCACCUCAACAGCUGCCGCUCGUGUGAAUCCACCGCUGGAUGGAGGCCCCCACGGCGUGCUGUUCAUGGAGGUUGUUAUUUUUUUUUAACCGUAUUUCGCCACGCUGGUCAGUGCGGGUUGGUGAAGACGGGGGAGCGUAGAGCUACAAUACAGCGAUGGAUUUUGCUGCACUACCGUCUGCUGCCCACAACCCUCACGUCCUCUAUCGCCUGUUUUAUGACCGGCCAUUGCUCAUCCAAGUGCCGCGUGGGCCCAAUGCGGCCUGGCAACCGAGAUCGGACGACAUCGGGCGCUGUCCGAGCGAUUCGGACACGGGUGGUUUCACGUGCGUGUAUAAAAAAAGAUAUUAAAGCUCCUUUCGAUUUUC